GCGAGAGAAGAGCGAGAAGAUAACCAAAGACGGAAAGUGAUAGAGAAGAAGGAGAAGAGAAUAAAUAGAGCGCCCAAGUGUAGAAGGCGACGACGAGGCUUUUGGAAGCUACCGCCCGACGGUCUGCGUGGCAUCUGCCGCCAACAAUUGAGCUGGAGGAGGGCGAGAGCUCUCUCCUUUUCUUCUCACUUCUGCUCCUUUGGGUUCAAGCGACGUCGUGUGCUUCUGGGAUGUCGCAGAAGCGGCAGCCUCCACCCGAGGGUGAGCGCGUGGAGGGAUCCGCGUCCGGUAAUAGUGGCGGCUCGCCGGAGGAGAAGAGGCAGAGGGUUUCUGCGCUCAGAGGGUCGGUGGUUUCAUCCCUUUUCUUUCGGCUGAUAUUUAUGGAGGCAUUGAGAUCCGACGCCUUGAAAAGGCUGCUUUCUGCGCUAGAGCCCUUGGUUCGGAGAGUUGUGAAAGAAGAAGUUGAAUUGGCACUAGCAAAUCACUUGGCUAGCAUGUCAAGAGAAUGUGGAAAGAAGAUAAAUCCAGCUUGCUCCAGAAAUUUACAACUACAGUUCUUGAAUAAGCUGUCUCUUCCAAUAUUUACUGGUACCAGAAUUGAUGGAGAAGACUCGUCUUCUAUAACUGUAGCUUUAGUUGAUACAUUGACUGGAGAAAGAGUCACGUCCGGUCCUGAGUCCUUAAUGAAGGUUGAAAUAGUAGUUUUAGAGGGUGACUUUGAAGGCAAUGAACACGGGAAUUGGACCAUUGAGGAGUUUAAAAGCAAUGUUGUAAAAGAAAGGGAUGGAAAGAGAUCACUCCUGAUGGGUGAUAUUUUUCUUGAUCUCCAUGAGGGGAUUGGUGCCGCUGGGGAGCUUUCAUUUACAGAUAAUUCUAGCUGGACAAGGAGUCGGAAAUUUAGACUUGGGGCAAGAAUUGUGGAUUGUCACUUAAACGGUAUUAGAGUUAGAGAAGCAAGGACGGAAGCCUUCAUGGUCAAGGACCAUCGUGGGGAAUUGUAUAAGAAGCAUUAUCCGCCAUUACUGUUUGAUGAAGUCUGGCGGCUUGAGAAGAUUGGUAAAGAUGGUGCUUUUCACAAGCGUUUGAGCAGUGAGAACAUCAACACUGUCAAGGAUUUUCUAACUUUGCUAGUCACAGACGCUCCAAGGCUCCGACAUAUACUAGGCAAUGGCAUGUCAGCCAAGAUGUGGGAAAUUACGGUGGAUCAUGCUCGGACUUGUCCCCUCACCACCCAAAUGCAUUUACAUUAUGCUGAUGAUGUGCAGAAAACUGGGAUUGUGUUCAAUGUCAUUGGGGAAGUGAUGGGCAUCCUAACUGACCAGCAAUUCGUCUCAGUUAAUGACUUAUCAGAUGUCCAGAAGGCAGAUGCAAAUAUGCUGGCCAAACAAGUCAUUCAGAAUGGAGAUGAUGUUCUUCUUCCCUUUGACAUGGGCGGUGUUAUGGGUGUUUCUUCUCAAGCAUUACAGAGUUCUUUUCCUACCUCUUCACAGUCAUUAGGAUUGCCUGAUGACAUUUACAGCAAUUAUUCAAGUCCUAUAAAGGCUGAUGGAGGCUUUAACUACAGCUAUUCAGCUAUCUCGUCGCCUGAUAUAUUCACAAGGGGCUUGGAAUACAGAUACGAACCAGAGUCGCAUGGUAUUCUUCACGGCUGCAGCAUUCCUUACAAAGUGCCCGCUGAACUCGAAAAAACUUCCAGCCUCCCUCAUGUAUUGUUGGAGGAGUGCAGGAGCCAUGAAUUUUUUAGCGAAAAUUUGCACUACUUUGAUACCGAUAUGUCUUACCUAUCGGGUAUAGAAUCCCAAGCUGAUUUGGGUACAGCAGUAGUCAGCUUCUUCACAGGAACUAACUGGAGUCCUUAUGCUGUGUGGGGGAUAUUACUAUUAGUGGUGAAAUGGAAAUUUUCCAUAAAGAAGAAAGUGGCUACAAAGAAGAGAACCUACCAGAAUGAGACAUUUGGAUAAGGAAUUUAUUUCAUGGAAGAAAAAUAUACAUUUAAGGAUUAGACUUUUUCCAACCUGCCUAUUGUUCUUGAUGUAAAUAUAGCUUUCCACAAGGCUACUGCUGAAAUGAAGAUGAAGAUUCUCCAUAAGAAGAAAGUCGCUGCAAAUAAGACAAUAAAAGAGAGUUUUGGAUGAAGGAUUUGAUCGAAGAAAUUAUAUAGACAUCAUAUCAUAUCAUAGUUAAUAAAAGAGUCAAGUUGUGUAUCUUUCUUGAGUUAGUAGACACUUUCUGAGCCUGCCUGCUGUUGUUGGUGUAAAUAUAUAGCUUUCGAGAAGGCAAGCGCUUCCCAAUUUUGCAGAAGGUUUAAAAUCGAAGUUAAAAGGUUUUUAUGAAUUGUGCAUAAUGCGUGUAUAUAGUAAGAAAUAGCUCAUAUAGUCUGAAAUAAUGCUUUUUAGAAGAGUUAUGAUUGGGUUAUUAAUCUCUGUAAUGGACUGGCUGCAAUAUAAAGUGGUAAUUUGCCUUCUCUCUCUCUUUCAA